UGAAUAGGAGGAGGUUCAGGUUUCGAAGUGAUUUAAAGACACUGCUUUUCCUUUAUAUAAAUACCGAACCGAACCACUUAUUACACCCUCUUUAAUGCUUCUUCCUACUACUACUACUACUAUUUACAAUUGUUCCGUUACACUCGUAUCGUAUCACACAAAUCAGUUCUUAUUUUCACAUUUCAACUGCCUCACACCCACCGUCUCCGGCCUUCUUCACCACUCUCCGAUCGUAGAUCUUCCACAACUCCGCCACCGGAGCUUGAAUCGUUUGAAUCGUUUGGUAAUUGCGAGAAGGCAUAUACCGGAAGCACGAGUUAUCGGAAUCAGUUUCUCUUGUGAACAACAUGAAAAACCAGCUCCAAGAUUGCAAAGAGUCGGUUCAGGCUAAACCUUUGGUGAAUGAGACUCUGCGACAGCUCGAGGCAGCGAAAAGAACGGUAGAGUUCUUGAGAGCUGAUGCUGCAAAAGCUGUGCAUGGAUACAACUCUUCUGCUUUAGAGUUAGACGAGUCUAGAACACGCGAGGUUUCACUCGACAGUAAUUUGAAAAUAGAAGCGGAAAGAUUGGGAAAGGGAGAUAGUACUAAUCAUAUUGAAAUCGAGUUUCGUUCUUUGAGAUCUGAGGUUGAAUUACUUAGGUCUGCGAUUGAGAUUGCCGAGAUUAAAUUUCAGGAAGAACAGAUUCAGAACACAGUGAAGAUUAGAAAUGCUUACGAGUUUAUCGAACGGAUAAAAUCGGAAUCGAGUCAGAGGGAAUCAGAACUGGAAAGACAGAAAAAUGAAAUUGAGGAGUUGAAGGAGAAAUUGUUGGAUAAGGAAAAUGAGUUGCAGGGUAUUGAAUAUGAGAAUGGGAAAUUGAACUCGAAGGAACGCGAACUUAAGGAGGAACUUAAGAGGUUAGACGAAUGUGUUGCGGUAAUGAAGGGUGAAAUGAUGGAUAAAGAGACGACAUUGCAAAGUAUAUCAGAAGAGAAUGAAAUUCUGAAGAUGGAAAUCAAUAAGAGGUUCACAUUCUCACAUGUUGGUAUGAUGAGCGAUGAAGUUGCAGCCGAAAUAGGGGCGGCCAAGGCCGCAGAACGCGACGCUUUUGCAAAACUUAAGAUAAUGAUUGAGGAGGCAGAGAGGAGCAAUAACAAGGCGGAAAGAGUGACUGAGAUGCUCGAAGCAGCACGAGCGGCGAAUACGGAAAAAGAAGCUGAAUUGAAGAGAAUCAAAGUGCAAUGUGAUCAGUGGAGGAAGGCUGCGGAGACAGCUGCUGCUAUGUUUUCGGCAGGAAAAAAUGGGAACAUUGCGGAGAGGUCGAUGUCUAUGGAUAACUGCUACAACAGCAGGGUGAUGAAGAGUAAUAAGUACUCAAACUUUUAUGAAGAGAUUGAUGAUUGGAGUGAUUUACAAAGAAAGAAAAAUGGGAAUGUGUUGAAAAAGAUUGGUGACUUGUGGAAAAAGCCUCAGAAAAUCACUGGUUGAUUCAUAGAAGUGCUUUUCGAAUUCACUGCCCAGUAAGUUGUUGCUGGAAUUUUUUGUUGUGCAAUUCCUUUUUGCUAUGUAAGUGCUGUGCUGCCAUAGAUUUGAACCUGUUUUGUGAACAUUGUUUGAUAAUUUAGAUUAAGUUGUUGAAUGUCA